AUAUUUUAGUCUACUCUGAGAAAGAGUGAAUUGAUAGUACAGUUGUGUUUUCCUUUGCUUUGUUAUGGAUGAUAUCAUAAUGGUAUUUACAGUUAGAUUGUGGGUGUGGCUAAAGUGGCAACAUGAACCAGAGCUGUUUGCUAUUGCUGUAUUUCUUACUCUCACUACAAAACUGUCUUUCUGUUCCCAUAUCACGUUUCUAUUCAUUUGCAGGAUCUUCAGGAGAUCAAACUUUUACUAAUGUUGAUGAUCAAGCUACAUCUAUAAAUCUAUCAAAUGACUUUAUUUUUUAUGGAUACAAUUUUAGCACAGUAUUUAUAAACAACAACGGCCUCCUUUCAUUUCAUCAGGCAGUUGAUGGAUACACGUCUGAUCCAUUUCCUUUACCUCAAACACUCAUUGCUCCUUUCUGGGCUGAUGUAGACACACGCAAUGGAGCUGGAGUAGUUUAUUACAGAGAAACUACUGCAAGUGCCAUUGUCAGCAAAGUGGCACAAGAUGUGCAACUUGCUUUUCCAGGGCAACCUUCAUUUACAGCUAAAUCAGUUGUAAUUGUGACAUGGUACAGAGUUGGAUAUUAUGAGGAGAAUAACGACAAACUUAAUACAUUUCAGUGUGUCCUGGCUACUGAUGGGAGUCGUUCCUAUGUCUUGUUCCUUUAUCUUGAUGAUGGUAUAAACUGGGUCACUGGUGAUGCAAGUGGCGGCUCAAAUGGCUUUGGUGGAACAGAGGCUUAUGUGGGAUUUAAUUCUGGAGGGGAAAACUCCACAUACUUUGCUGUAGAAGGUGCUAGGACACCAGCAGUCGUCAAUAUUGAAACUACCAGCAAUGUACGUGUAGCAGGACUUUGGAUCUUUCAAGUGAAUGGAGAUAAUAUCAUUACUUCUACAACUGUAUGUGGUACUCCAGACCAAUUAUAUGACAAUGCAACAAUUUUGAGCUACAACAGUAUAUCUGUUAACAGUACAGCUACAUAUAGUUGUGAAGAUGGCUAUAGUUUAGUUGGAGAUGCUGUUAGGACAUGCUUGAGUAGUGGAAAUUGGAGUGGAAAUCCACCUUACUGUCAAAUUGUCAAUUGUAGUGAGCUACUGAUUGAAUCAAAUGGAGGACUACCUGUAUUUUAUUCAUCAAACUCUUACUCUUACAACAGCACAGCUACAUAUAGCUGUAAAAAUGGCUACAAUUUAGUUGGAAAUGCUGUUAGGACAUGCUUGAGUAGUGGCAAUUGGAGUGGAAGCCCUCCUUACUGUCAAAUUGUUACCAUGGAUGAAGGAGAAGGAUCUAAUUGUAUGGCUCGCUAUAAACACGAACCAUCACUGUAUAUAAGGAUAUGCUGUAACAGUAGUAACUUAGGACAGACUAUUCGUAUGAGAGAAGGAACAGUGAAGACUAUUAUUUUAUGUCCUAUUGUAAAGCCACAAUCCUGUCCACCAGAUAAUAAAGACUGUAGAAGAUUAUUUGAGAAUGGCAAUACUACAAGUGGCGUUUAUACAGUUAAUCCUGAUGGAGGGACUCCAUUUGAAGUAUACUGUGAUAUGGAGACUGAUGGUGGCGGAUGGACUGUAUUUCAGAGGAGACAAGAUGGAUCUGUUGAUUUCUAUAGGAACUGGACUGACUAUGAGUAUGGAUUUGGUGACCUUACUGGUGAGUUUUGGUUAGGAUUGAGCAAGAUUCAUCGUCUUACUAAAGAAGGAUCAAACACACUAAGAGUGGACCUGGGAGACUUUGAGGGGAACACAGCUUAUGCUAACUACUCUACAUUUGGUAUUAGUGACAGUUGCACUAAAUAUAUACUAACAGUAGGACGAUACUCUGGUACUGCUGGGGAUAGUUUGGACUAUCAUAAUAGCAGGAGAUUCACUACAAGAGAUAAUGAUAAUGAUGCUUCACUAAACAACUGUGCUCAGCAGUGGAUUGGUGCCUGGUGGUAUAUUAUGUGCUAUGUAGCAAAUCUUAAUGGUCGUUAUUAUAAUACUUCAACUACUAAUGGUGAAGGUAUUGUUUGGGCCCGCUGGAAAGAGACAACUCUUAAGUUCUCAGAAAUGAAAACUCGUAACAAUUAAAUACUGUCCCCUAAAGUUUACAAUUACUAUACAUUGUGCAUAUGUAGUCUCACCCCACUAAGGAGCGGGACAGCUAAGACUAAUUAUCAUUAUGCCACUUUACAUUUAGUAUUAAAAUUUAUGAAUUUACCAUGUACUUGCUAUACUACCAUAAUAAAAUUUCGUGUUAUAAGCAAAAUAUAA